AUGUCCUCGGACGCGGCGAUAGCAAAGCCCGCUUUCCUGCUUCCCACUCCACAAUCUCUGGCUCGCCCGCAGACACAUAUAGACACGGAGUUUGACUCUGGCGUCAACAGCUCUGCGGCGUGGACAGGCUCCCUAUCUCUGCAGUCUGAGAAUGCCACUCGCAACGGUGCUGCUCCCAAGCUCAAGUCUCUCUCCGAUGAAGAGCCGGAUGAUAGCGAUGAGGAGGAGGAGGAUUACGGGCCAGGCUGUCCCGCACGCGCGCUCUUUGUCUUUGAUGGCAAGCCGGAGUUUAGGGAGCUGACGUGCGUCGCCCCGGGCGAUGAGCUGGAGGUGCUAAAGGAAGAUGUGGGUGAUGGCUGGAGUCUCGUGAAGAUUGUCAAGUGCAGGGAAGAGCGCGAGCAGGGGCAUGAAGGAGAGAUUGGGCUCCUGCCCCACACAUUUUACACUGUGAAUUCCGCGUUCUGUUUGUUAGAGUUCACCGCAGAUUUCGCUCGUCUUCCUGGAUAUGCGGUGCCUUUGUCGCAUACUCGGACGCGGAGCAGAAAGGAAGCCUCAGGAUCUUCCAUCACGCCACGAGGAUCGCCUUCGCAAGGGUCUCAGGCAUUACCGUUGGUUCCGCAAACAACAGGCGAGUGGUUCCCCAGUUUUCGGAGGAGCCUUUUAGGAGGCAGGAGUCUCAACCGGUUCUCAAGUUUCGUCACGAGCGGCGCAGAGGAAUGGGUGUUGCAAGGCACAGGCGAGGAGGAAACGACACUGCCAUUCAGGCAUGGCAGAGAAGCCUCAGAGCAAAGCAUCAACGAAGAUGACAUCGGACAACCACAAAGGUCAGGAGAGACAGAGAGGCACUUCGUCGACGCAGGCCCUGCAUGGAAGAGCAAGAUCCCCGCGUUCCGCGUCUUGGUGCAUUCUCCCUCGAAGAGGAGCUCAGUGCUCACAGGGCCAUUCACGAUAUACACGCUGACGUCCUUGUUCGAGCCAGAGCACUCGACCCACUUCCGCUCCGCCUCCAUGCUUGCUGCGGACGAUGACGAGGAGGACGACACACCGGACGCGCCGACUAGCAUCACCGUUCAGCGACGGUUCUCGCACUUUGUUGUGCUGCAUACAGCGCUAACGCGGGGGCUGCCUGGGAUCGCCCUGCCUCCCCUGCCCGAGAAGCAGUAUGCCGGCCGGUUCAAUGAUGAGUUCGUCGAGGCGAGGCGAGGGGACCUCGAACGAUACAUCAAUCGUGUCGUGCGGCACCCGAUCGCUCGGUACGCGGAGGUGCUGACGUUCUUCCUUGGUUGCGAGAGCGAGGCGGAGUGGAAAAAACAGCUGCCGCGCUAUCUCGCGCUGCCUCCCAAGGGGCCCACAUUCUACGCGCAGAUCUACCAUCCUGCAUUUAACGUUGAUGCGGAGGAUGCCUCGGAGGCCGUUGAGAGAUUCGUGCAGCAUACACGGGCGGUCGGGAAGGGCGUGCAGUGGCUGAGAGGCAUCUUUGGUAAGGUCCGUGAAGCGAGAGUAGAGAUGUCGAAGGCCGAACGACUACUCUCCUACUCGCUACUUUCGCUCAUCACAUCAAAACCCCUCGCGUCGGCGUCCAGUGCGAGCGAUGACGAGAGUGACGAGCAGGAUAGCUCGAAGUGCAAGGGACACAUGAAUGAAGACGGUGCCUGGUGUUGGCGCGAGAAUUGCACAGAAUGUCUGAGGUUGACAAAGGCGAUGCAGAAGACGGCGGAAUCGCUGCAGAGCGUGGCUGACAUGUACGAUGACCAUGCACGGAGGACGCAGUUAGCUACCCACGAGGCAUUGAAGAAUGUAUCACAUCCAGACACCAUUCAUGCGGCAGUAAUCGACACCCAUCAAUCUACCCUAUCCAGAUACCAGGAGGCGAUACAAGAGGGCAAGGAAGAUGAAGAAAUGGCGGCACGCUGCGAGACCGUGCUCAACACCACGAUGGCAGAAAUGGACAUCUACCACAUGCAGAAGGUGGAGGACUUCCAGACGCUAGCAAAGGACCACCUGGACGGAGAGAUCGCACUCUACGAACAGAUCCUCACGCGCCUCCGCGCUGCCCGAGCGGCCUUCGACGAGCCACAAUAUAGCGCGCUCAGCCGGUCACCGCGACAAUCGUCGCGCUACGAGCGCGAGCUGGAGCACCCCCGCCUCGCGCCGUCGCCGCUUCCGCAACCGUGCCCGCACGUGUUUGACUCGGCUCCGAUCAGGCCAGUCAGCGUGGCGAUACAGGAGGGAGUGGGGAUGCUUCUUGGCGGCGCGAAUACGGCUGCGAGGGGGAGCAUCCUUGGAAAGCUGUGGUAG